AUAUAUAUAUAUAUAUAUAUAUAGAUAUAGAUUGAUAGAUAGAUAGAUGGAUAUAUACAGUACUGUGCAAAAGUGCAAAAGUCUUAAGCCACAAUUAGAUGUUGUUUUAAUAAUAAUAUAAGGACCAUAUAUAAUUAUUUCUCUUUAUUAGAAUAUAACCAUAAAAUACAGUGAAUUUGUAUGCAGUAUUGAAAAACAGAAAAAAUCAGAAAAAAAACAGCUUCUAUAUGGUAAAGUGGCAAGUAUUCGGUGACUUCCCCUUACACUUGAGCAAUAGCAGAAACCUGCUCUCUGAAACAUAAAUGGAACGGAAAAGAACUGGAAGGCAAAGAAAAGUUUCAAAAUAUGAGAAGUUUCUCAGAGUUUCUUCUUUGAGAAAAUAGAAGAAGUUCAGGAGGUCACACUAAAUACUGGUUUUUGCUUAAAGAAGCCAUUUUGUUCAGAUUUUUUUUUUUUUUUUUUUACAUUUUGUGUACAUAUUUCCUGUAUUUUCUGUUUGUAUUGUAAUAAAAACCAAAAAAAUAAAUAUUGAUGGUCAUUACAACAUUGCUAAAACAACAAAGCUGGUUGUGGCCUAAGACUUUUGCACAGUACUGUACGUGUGUGUGUGUGUGUGUGUGUGUGUGUCGCCUGAUGGAACCCUUUAAGAUUCUAUAUAGAACCUUUUAGAAUCCACUUUUUAAUCACAAUUUUCUCAAUGUCAAUGUUCUGACUGUAUUCUUACUACACUGAAAAAAUAAGUGGUGUUGAAUUUACUUUGAAACAAUUUUCACUAAGAAAUUGCUAGUAAAUUGCACAAAUAAUUACAAAGAAACAACAAAUAACACAUAAAUGUGAAAUUUUGAAGUAGAAAGCCUGAACUGUAAAAUAUACUCUAAUACUCUUUGUUUUAUUCACUUGCUGUAAAAUCAUUUUUACAGUGUAGGACACUGCAGAUGUUUAACUGAAACCUCUGUCCUGAAACACGGUAUCUGGAUUUGGUUUUUGACAUUUAAAUAUAGUUGUUUAUAGAUCGUUGAACAUGUUCACACUUGAACCAAGUCUGUCCAUCUUCUAUGAUUAAAAAAUAUUGAUCACUGAUUAUGUUGUGGUGACAGAUGAGGUGUUUCCUCACAAGAACAAAAUGACUUUAGUUAAAUCCAAAUAUAGUUUACACUGAGAUGAAUGUCAUUGGCUAUUAAAAUUAAAUCAGGAGUGUAAUCAUGUAAAAACAAAAAAGCAAAAAAUAUUUCAUUUAUGAUAAUCUACCAAAUUAAUGUAAGGGGUGAAAGUAUGAUUUUGACUUGGAAAUGAAGCUGUACUCGAGUAAAACACAAAUUCACAAAAAUAAUAUGUAACUGAAUUUAAUUAUUGCAUACUAUAAUAGGCUAUACUAAGUCAUUUUCACCCCUGUCCAACCAUAAUAUCUAAUCUAGUGUAGAAAUUGCACUAAAAUGGCAUGGUAAUUGGCAUUGGUGCUAAUAUAAGUGUGCUACUGGUGGAUUAGGUUUAGAAAACGAUUCGCUAGUCCCUCAGAAAUGUGUCUAUAACCUCAGAGGAGUGAGGAGAGCCACGCGUCAUGUGUGAAUCUUACUGACCAGUUUCAGGUGAAGGAAAUGAAACCUGGCAUCACACCUUCAUGAUGGAAAGAUAGCUAAACGUGUGCUUGGCUAAUGUCUUCUGCUGUCUUCUCCAGGUUUAGGCCUCUCGAUGUUAAUCUCCAGAGAGCUGUGAGGGGUUUUAGAUGUGCUUGGUAUAGAUGAAUUUGAGUAUUAAGCCUAAUACAAAUCCUUUUAGACUUUUUUAUAUUCUCAGUCAAUAUAUUCACAGCUAUUGAGGGCUUUUAGCUCAUUAAAAAAGGCAACUCUGAUUUAACUGCUGGUUCAAGAGCAAGUGUUUUAAUCUGCUUUAUUACAUCCACUAAAAAUAACAGUUAAAACACACUUUAGGUUCAUUUGCUGUUGAUCAAUAGGGAGAAAUGCACUCAAGAACUGCACUUUGUGUUAAGAGUACUUAUAAAAUGUGUUAUAACACAUUUAUUAUACAUUAAUCACUCAUUUAUAAAUGUUUUCAUGAACAGGAAGAAACUGAGCAUUAUUAUUAUUAUGUGUCUUGCUAUAUACUGCAUUCAAUAUAAAAUAAUUCAGCCAUUACAAAAUUGUACUGUUCUGGUACCAUGGUUCAGUGAAGGUAUGAGAUGUUAAUGCCAUGGUAAUUUGAUAUAUACCAUUGCGCUAAAUGAUUACCAUAUUCAUGUAGCACUAAAUGUACACGGUUUUCCAAGAAUAUCAUGCUGUUGUCAUGGUGUAUAGUAAAUUUUACCCUGAAACGUGUCUAGGAAACCACUGUAAUAUCAUUGCACUUUUUGAAUAUGGAGAAUAAAUGUUCAUCAAUUCUAACUGAUCAAAAUAAACAGAACUUUUCCUUUUUUUUCCCAGGUUAAUAAUGGCAAGGAAAGACUAUGCAUUAUAAAUUGUCAUUGACUUGAAUGUGUAAGAAAUGAGUCCACUGAUGUCGAUCUCUUCCAAAUGCUGAGUUAAAAACUACCCAAGUUGACAAACCCAGUGAUUGGGUUGUUUUAACCCAGCUGUUGGGUUAAAUGUUUGCUCAACCUGCUGGGAUGUUUUAUUUAACUCAACAAUGUUUAAAAAGGACUGUAUUGCUUGAUUAAAAUGAACCCAAAGUAUGUUGGAAAUUAACUUUUAUUAAUAUGUUUAAUAAAUGAACGUAUUGUUCAUGUUCAUUUUCAAUAGGUUUAAUGAAUAAUAAUUAAACAGAAAUCAUUUUUUAAAUUGCUUAUUAAUAAAUGUUCACCUUUUGAUUAUUAUUAUUGCCUCUAGUAAUUAAGUGUCUGAUUUUUAAUUACCAACAUAUUUUGGGUUCAUUUUAAGCCAGCCAUAUAGUAAUUUUUAAACAAUAGUUUAGUUAAAUAAAACUGCCCAGCAGGUUGUGCAAACAUUUAACCCAACCGCUGGGUUUGUCCAUUUUCAACCCAACUUGGGUUGUUUUUAACCCAGCAUUUUUUAGAGUGUACAUAUUCACAGUAUGUAUCAACAAUAUGCCGUCAAGUAUAGCAAUCAUUUUUGGGGUCUUUUAUGUAUGGCAGUAUUUGUUCUCAAAAGCUUCAGUCCUUUGAGAGUUCUUGCAAACGUAGGAAAUGGUGGUGAUUAGGAGUCUGUUUUGCUGGAGUUAAUGUUUAGCAUAAGAAAGAGUUGUGCUAACAGUGCUCUAUACCAGGGUGGAGAAACAGGACAAACUGUGGAUUGUGUUUUCUGAGGGUUAAAACACCAGAACUAGCCAAUUUCAUCUUUCAAUUCCUGUUUUAAAGGAAUAUGUACAAUUGCAAAUGAAUCCUCUUUUGAAUCAAUCCUAAAGUAUCACAUUUGUGUCCCGUUUGGAUCAGAAUCCUCUAAGCAUUAUAUAUGGUCCUACUUGGGAAAAAAUGUAUAACUUUCCAAAUGUCUUAGUAUUUGGUUUGCCCCAAUUUUACUGUAAAGGCAGCAGCACUUGAGCUACUUGAGUUCAUAAGAUCAAUGUCACAAAUUUACCUAGAAAUUGUGCAGAAUCUUUAAUAUUUCUAGUUAAUUUUAUGUCAUCGUGUAUUUAUCAUAACUUUAAUUUUAAAAACUUUAUUUUCAUUUUAAAUUGGAAAGAAUACCAAAUUUUCCAUAGAGUCUCUUAUGGGCCCCAUGCCUGUAUAAUCUUUAAGCCAUCACUUUCUCCCAUCACUUCCUCUACUGUAUCUAUUAUUGGUAUAAAAAUAUAUAUAAAUUAAGUCCUCCUUUCUUCAACUUAACCAAAGAAACACACAAGAAAAAAGACACAUCUGCUUGUAGAUCAAAUUCACGUUCCUCCAUUUGUGAACAGAGUCAGUCAAGCACUCAUUCCAGCAUACAGUCACAGAUGCAUAACAAUGACUGACAAUGGCUGACAUUCAUACAAGUAAACUCUCCCUAUUCAUGUUUACUCUGAAAAAAAGACAUGAAAUCUGUAGAUCAGUGGUGCUAACAGGCUGUGAACUGCUAAAGUAGCUUCAAUUCUUCUUGGAGCUAUCUCGCAUUUUGCUGUUCCCUAUCUAUCUGUCCCUCUCUAUGUAUCUCUGCCUGUGUCUCUCUGCAUGAAUAGAAAGCCUGCUGCCUUCAGAGAGCAUUUCUUCCUAAUGAGAUUAACCAUCAAGGAACGAUCAUGUCUAGACACCCUGAAUACGCAACCUCCUCCCUCCCACCAAACAGCUGCUUCUCAGGUAAAGCUCACCUGUAGAUUUAGCCCAGGGUUUGCUUUCUGCCAUAACUCUAUAAUGACUUUAUGUGACGACUAUAUCGGCACCUUCCCCGAGACAGUCAGUGACAUGAUUCAGUCAAAAUGAUUCAUCUAGAACAUCAGUUCAUCCAAACAGUUGGUUUUUGUAUCAUUAAACACAAAUAUUUUUAAAGAACUUCUCUACAAAAUUUCCUUAUUGGCAUCUAUGGUUCCAUGACCAUAACUUUUAAUAUCCAUAGAACCUUUCCAUUGCACAAAAGGUUCUUUAGAUUCUUGAAAUGUUCUUCACUCUUAACAAAAAAUGGUUCUUUUAAGAACUGAUCACUGAAAGGUUCUUUGGGGAAUCCAAAAUGGUGGUUCUAUGCAGAACACUUUAAAUAAGUAAAAUCAAGCAACUAAAAACAAAAGCUGAUUUUGAUUUUAAAGCAUGAUAUCAUAGCAUUACUUUUGAACCUCCACGGUUCUCUAAAAACACACUCUAAAGAACCCCUUACUAUGUCUUUUAAUAGAUGACAUCUUUGUAAUACAACAUCAAGAACAUUUUAAUCUCCAAAGAACCAUAUAGCCACUCCAAGAACUCUAAAUUGCAAAUAAUGGUUCUUAAUGAGAAACGUGUUUCUCUGUGCUUCAAAGAACCAUUAAGAAGCUUUAGUUUUAAAACUGUACGUCAAUAUUUGUCUCAAAACUGCUGUUGACAAAAGACCACCAUAAUCCAAACCCACAUUUCAUGAAGGUUACGUUGGUUCAGUGUGGCCUUUUCAUGGUUUAAGAUGCUGCAGAUGUGUUCAACCCACUGUCUAAAGUUGUAAAAGCACUGGCCAUCAAAAUUCAAUGUUUAGAACAAAUGAAAAGCAAAGAAAGUUGAACUCAAGUGACAACAUCAAUUGCAUUUUAAAUUAUUUACCACGGUCUGACCUGGUUGUAAAAAUCAGGACCUGGUGUCUGUAGCUUCAGUGAGAAUUAGUGGAUAUGUGUGUGUGAAUUAGCAAACACGAGUGCUGAGUGUGUCAGAUUAUGUUUGCGUGAAGGGGUCAGUGUGGUCAAUUAGAAGCUGAAGUCUUUGCUCUUCCUCACAUUAGCUGGAUUAAUGAAGGGAAUUUUGUGCUUGAUUUGCCAUCCUGUAUUCUUUGGGCCUGUACGUAUUUGUUUAAAAGUCCUUUAGCAGUUCAUAAAGACAUGUUUCCUCUGCUUGUCCCCUUCCUGUUGGGACUCUAUCAAGGCUCUGCUAACUCUCUUUGAUUCUGCCCAUCAACCAAUAGGAUCAUGACAUUGACUCAUCACCGUGUCACUUCAAAGGCUGGGAAUGGGGGUUCAAGCCCCACCCACAUCCAGAACCCACUUAAAGGUGUGGGACACCUCCUCUGCAUCUGUGGCAGAAGGAACAGACAGACGUAACGCACUGAAGCCCUUCAUCCUUGGACUUAACAAACAUUGGAAUUAACUCGAGCCCUUUGAGUUCGUAUGGAGAACUUGUGUUUUAACUGAAACAACUAGAUAUUGCUUAUUUAUCAUCUAUCAACUUUUCUUCUGGAGGACAUCUUUUGGGAAGCCUAAAUAAUGCAGGCUAUCAGAGACCUCAAGCACAAUUUCAGCCUCCCUCCUCCGCCUUCCAUGGCUGGAGCCGGUGAUUCCUAUCACCAAGGCAACAUCCGAAUGACUCUAGAGGAUCCGGAUCUGUGGAGAUCCUUCCAUGAGAUCGGCACUGAGAUGAUCAUCACCAAACCUGGCAGGAGGAUGUUUCCACACUGCAAAAUCAGCUUGUCUGGAUUGGUGCCUUAUGCAAAGUACAUCUUACUGGUGGACAUGGUACCUGAAGACGGUCUCAGAUAUAAGUGGAACAAGGACAAGUGGGAAGUCGCAGGUAAGGCUGAGCCUCAGCCGCCCUACAGGACGUACCUACACCCUGAUUCACCAGCGCCCGGCAGCCACUGGAUGAAACAGCCCGUGUCCUUCCUCAAACUCAAGCUUACCAACAAUGCCCUGGACCAGCAUGGACAUAUUAUCCUUCACUCCAUGCACCGCUACCACCCGCGUUUCCAUAUCGUCCAGGCUGAUGAUCUGUACAGUGUACGCUGGAGUGUCUUCCAAACCUUUACCUUCCCCGAGACGACCUUCACUGCUGUCACUGCGUACCAGAACACAAAGAUCACAAAGCUGAAAAUCGACCACAAUCCCUUUGCCAAAGGAUUCAGAGAUGAGGGUACAAACUCUAAAAGACGAGCAAACAGAAGUCUGGCUGAUCCUGAGAGAGUUGCAAAGAAAAUGAACGUGUCAAAAGACUCUGAACAUGGAAGCCCAAGAGAUAUCCAACAGUCCUCUUGUGAAGGUCUGGAUGAUGAACACACGGGCCGUAAGGAGUCGGAGGUGAAGGCCGAGCGGUACUCCCCAUGGGGAGGUGUGUGCGACCGGGACAACAGCCAUGCUCUCCGGGCAGAGUCCCCACUGGGCUCGGACCCUCGAGACAUGUACAGCUCUGAACAGCUUGUACCUGGACAGAACACGUACCAGCCGUACAGAUUUCAUGAAUACGGCAAGUCCCCGUCUCCAUCCUCCUCCAGUGCUGGCAGCAGCAGUGGAUGUGGAAGCACCGGCCGCUCCAGCUUUGAGUCCCGCGUGCCGGAUGUUGCCACCGUGCCCGAUCACGACACCUCCAGCAAGCCCUCCGCCCCAGAGUUCGGCCUCCCCCCCUGCCCACCACAUCCCUCCGCAGGGCACCAGGACUACACAGGGGUGCUGAACAUGGCCAUAGCCCAGGCCAAGCCAGGUAUGCUGGGCCACCAUCCUCUCUACACCCCCUACAGCACAGAACAGUCUCUGGGACAGUGGAGCGGGGCAGCGUCCGCUCAAUACCCCCCUCCACCACCUCCCCAUCAUCACCUACCCAGCGAAUACAGCACCCAGGCCGUCCAUCACGGGUAUCACCACGGAAAUGUAGGGGACUGGAGCCAAUACCCAUUGUUCUCUUACUCGUGCUGGUGAGUUGGACAGCUGAACAAGAGACGGGACGAGAUGCUUUCUAAAGUCUGCACAAUGAGGUCUGGUUCUGACCCGUAUGAUGGCACACGUCACCCGGUACCUGCGAGCACCAGAUAAACUCUAGAACUGUGAGUGAAUGUAAUGAGGAAGUGGCACUAACUGAAAUGUUGUUUGUGAGUCAACUUGGAUGCAAAAGUGCAAUUACAAAAUAAAGAACCUGCUUCAGUUUAAUUGAAGAAAAGUCUGUGUGCUGAUCUGAGGGUCUUUGUAUUCUUUCCGCUGUGAGAAAAGACGUGUCCUUGUCGACUGUGCCAAAGGAUGUACCAUUAAAUGCAUUUGAAAACUGACUUUUGAUUCAUUUUAACUUGAAACCUCAAAUGCCUGCGUACUGAGGACCCAGAACGGACUGGUUUUCCUGGCUUUGUUGUUAAGAUGUCUAUUUAUUGUGUGUUCUUUUGCUGCUACUUAAUAUUAUUUUUGUUAAAAAGAGAAACAUGUAGUGUAAAAUGCUGUUUGGAAAUUACAAUGUUGUAUGUCUGAAAUACAGAAUGGUCAGUAAAUGUCUUCAAAGAUGUUGUGGUCAUGGUCUUUUUCUUUUUCAAAGAAAGAAAUAAGCAGCUAAUAAGCUCAUAUAUAUAUAUGGAUAUAUUCAUCGGGUCAUAAAGAAGUUCAGUUUAAGGGGAAGUGAAGUAGACAAACAUCUGCUGUAAGAGUUAAUGAGAGCACUUUGAAGGUCUGUGUGAGAUCCUAAUCGUAAUUUGCCAUAAUUUCUCUAGUUCAUUGGCUCGUGAUUGGAAAGUAAAGAUAUAGUCAAAUAUAAGCCAAACCAAAUAUUUAGGUAGUAUCAUUAAUAUAAGAAGCUCUUUCAACUUUAUAGAAAUAUAUUUGCACACAAUGUUGCCAAAUCAUAAAAAACAAAA